GAGGAACGUCGAACAACAGUAACAGCAUGUAAACACUUUCUGACUCAUCACGCCAGAGUCGAAAGAAUAUCUUCUUAUGGGCUCCGACUGACCAGACUACUCGGACUACAUCCUGACUUCCUGUUUGUGACAGCCAUCAUGUCUCUCUUCUUUUCUGGAGCGGUCACUAGUUCACCAAUAAAGAAGCGUCUGCGGUCUAGCGCCGCCUACCAAAGCCUGGACGUGUCCCUCUUGUCUCCCGACUCCUCUUACGUGUGCGAUUUGACUGCGCAGGGCAGCAGCCAUCGCUGUUGCUGCCGCCGCUCGCCCCGCCUUCUCACCAACGGUUACUACGCCGUCACCGACGACAGCUUCCUCCGGGACGACCAUGGCAAUGUGUCUUUGACGCCAUGCACCGCCAGCGUGUCCUAUAAGGAGAACAUCCACAGAGUGUUCCGGCGCAGACGGAGACCCCGCAGUUCGCUGGUUCGCCUGCUGAGCGGCGUCUCUGAAACCUGCCAGUCUUGGCUGGACCACAAAGUCUUCAGGGGCGUGUUUGGGACAGGCCAGCAACUACAUCAGGACAGAGACCAAGGCCGUGAGCCUUUAGAAGACUGGGCCAGGACAGAAGGUUUUACCACAUUGGAGGAGCCGAGCUUGUCAGGGCUGGUCAGUCCAGAACCAGACGACAGCUGCAGCUUCUUCACAUAUGACCCAACUGAAGCACUGCCCCCCGCAGACAAAGUGGCACAGCCCUCCAAGCAGAUCCUCCUGGAGAUUUGCUCAGAAAUCUGUCAAUCAAAGGAGCACUUUACCCAGUCAAUAGGCGGACUCUCUGAAGUCCCACCUCCUUCUGCCUUCUACACCAAUGACUGCCUUCAGGUGGCACCUGAACGCACAGCGAUGAAGACUCUUGUGGUCUUCAUGUUGGCCGUGUUCGUGUUGUGCAGCUGCUUUCCGUGGAGCGCGGGCGUGAUGGCGUGCACAGCGCUGGUGGCGUGCGCAAUGCUGGCCGCGUGCACAUUCGUCAGCAGGUCAGGUCAGAUGGGGCGGUGGAGGCAGGCCAAGACAGAGGAUAUUACGUCACGAAACGAGUGACCCAGCACCGCCUGUUUGCCACCAGAACAGCAACACACACACUUACACUUAGCACUGUUGAGUAUUACUCUCACUUAUUUAAGUUACAUUUAACUUUUUUGAAACAUGUUAGUGUUUUUAUUCACUUGUGUACUUUAGUGUUAUCAAGUUUAAUAUAUUGAAAUCAAUUAUGUGAUGUUUUGAAUGUAAUCAUGUCACUUUUAUACUUUUAUAAGCACCCGUUAAAACCACAAUUAUACAUUCAGAAUGAUUUUUUUUUUACCCUCACUAAUCCUGCACCACGUUCCUGGAGAGAUACAAAUUCAUGUUUUUCAUUGCAUCUAGAGCAGGGGUGUCAAACUCAAAUACAGAGUGGGACAAAAUUUAAAACUGAACAAAGCCGCGGGCCAAGGUUGAACAAAUUAACCUUUUAAUAGGAACCCAAACAAGUUUUGCAUUGAAUAUUGAACAAGCAAGGCUUAUAUAACUUUAUAGUGACAUGCAAAAUCAAGUUUCAAAUAAUAAUAAUAAUAAUUAAAAAAUAUCAAUGGCAUAUCAAAUACAAUUUAAAUAAAAAUUGAAUGCCUCUUUUCUAUUUGCAGCCUUCUGAGGUAAAUAUCAACAUUAACUUUUUCCACAGGCUAAUACAUUUGAAAAUAAAAUAACAAUGAAUAAACCAACCAUUCAGGACUUUAAACGACUCAGUUUGCAACACACUGAUCUAAUCUGAUGUGCCCAAGCCAGAUACCUGGCAUCUUUUCUUGGAUGCUAGUUCAUUCAUGUCGAAGCUCAGGCUUUGAGCUGAGGCAACUUUCACUAUCGAACGAAGGUGUUCAUCAGUCAUUAUAGCUCGUAGUCCAACCAAACCACAGUCUUGGGGGCGUGCCUUAAAGGCACUGCUUUAACGUCCUCUACGAGCUGUCGUCACAUCCGCUUUUCAUCCAUUCUAACAACGUGCCGGCCCAGUCACAAGAUAUGUGCGGCUUCUGUAAGCACACACAUGUGAAUGCAACGCAUACUUGAUCAACAGCGAUACAGGUUACACUGAGGGUGCCCAUAUAAAUAACUUUAACACUGUAAGAAAUAUGCGCCACACUGUGAAUCCACACCAAACAAGAAUGACAAACACAUUUCGGGAGAACAUCCGCACCGUAACACAACAUAAACACAACAGAACAAAUACCCAUAAUCCCAUGCAGCCCUAACUCUUCCGGGCUGCAAUAUACACCGCCCCCCCUCUCCGUGCGUCGGUUGAGGUGGGCGGGGACGCACAUAUUAUGUGACUGGGCCAGCACUCGUUGGACUGGAUUAAAAGCGGACGUGACGAUUUUAGGUAGGGGCACUGAAAUUUGGGAGUUUCCCGGGAGGGUUUGCAAGUAUGAGAAUUAGCGGUGAACGCAGAGUUACCGCGGCACCACCGCUGUAUAUAAUCGGCGGGCCAGCUCUAGUGUUAAUGUGAUAUCGCCUCAAGAGCCAAGUGAAAUUACACGGCGGGCCAAAUUUGGCCCGCGGGCCAGAGUUUGACACCCAUGAUCUAGAGGGUUGUGUUACUGUACUUAUCAUUGUACAAAACAGCGCUCAUCUGUCAUUUCUUGAAAUAAAAACAGAAACAAAAACUAA